AUGAAAGAUGAAAUUGCUGCUGCAGUUUUCUUCAUCACCAAGCUGGUGAAGAAGGAGGGCAAGCUGAGCAAGGAUCAAAUAGGCAAGUUUGCAGCCAAGCUGACCACGAUCCUGUUUGAAAAGUACAAAAAUCACUGGUACCCAGCCACUCCAGCCCGAGGCCAAGCCUUCAGGUGCAUCAGGCUCAACAAGCAGCAGGCUCGGGAGCCCCUGCUGGAGCAGGCUUGUGUGGACAGCGGGGUGGCCACCAGCCUGCUGGGCUUGCCCAAGGAGCUGACGGUGUGGGUGGAUCCCUUCGAGGUGUCCUGCAGGUACGGGGAGAGGAGCCAGCCCUUCACCGUGGCGCGCUUCGACGGCCGCGACAACCCCGAGCUGCCGCAGCACGUCAGCCUGGCCGUGGCCAAGGCCGCCCUGGAAUACGACUCAGGCACCUCCUCGGAUGAGGAGAGCUUCAGCAAGGAGCCCAAAGCCAUCCCCACCGUCAGCAACCCCAACAGCAUCUACCAGCACAUUUUAACAUUAUUCCCUUUUUAUUUUCAGGCUCCCCCCUUGCCCUGGUGGCAGUUCCAGCUCAGGAAGCCCCACCUGGCCGAGGGCUCCCACUUUGGCCAGCACAGGGGCCACAGGGGCUACGGGCCCGGGGCCACCUCCACCGGCCCCUGUGGGGACAGGUACCACUGGAUCAACCCCAAGAAAUAGAACCAGGGCUCCUUUUAGGAUUUUCAGCACUCCCAAACGUCACAAAAAGAGGAUUCCUGUCUAAUCCCUGCCCCUGACUCUAUUUAUUAAUAUUUUUGGGGAGAUUUAUUACAGAUUUUUUAAUAGUUUUAAAUGAUAACAUAAAAUAAAGAUGUAAUAUGUGGGACUCU